AUGACGUGUCUCUGCAGGCAGCGUGUUUGCUUUAAAAGUUGCACCUGGCGCAACAGGAGACAGAAGAUUCUGAUUCGCACACAGAAGUUUUAAAACGACAGAAUGGGUGAAUUCACAGACACCGAGCGCGUCGCCAUCAAGGACAUCUUCGCCAAGAUUGACACUGAGGCCGUCGGUCCUACUGCUCUUUCCAGGUACAUGUACGUCUAUCCCUGGAGUAAGAAAUACUUCAGGGAUUUAGGAACCCUCUCUAACGCCGACGCAGUUAAAUCUAAUCCCAGUGUGAGUGCCCACGGAAAGGUUGUCAUGGAUGUUCUGGCCCGGGCUGCACAGAACCUGGACAACACCAAGGCCAUGCAUGCAGAGCUGAGCGGGCUGCAGAAGCUGAAAGUGGACCCAGACUACUUUAGGCUGCUGGCCCACAGUAUCACCGUGGAGGUUGCUACUCAUCUGGGUAAAGACUUCACUCCUGAGUUGAACGCAGCUUUUCAGAAGUUCAUGGACGUGACGGUGUCCAUGCAGGGGAAACAGAACCACUAGAGACCUGCAGCAGAAGGAUACAUGAUGAUUGUUCAUAGAAAAAAAUGCAAAUAAAAAAUGUGAUUCACUUACCUGA